UGUUUUCACUAACUUUUUGUCUGCGUUCCCAAGCUCAGCAUUUUGUGGUUAUCAUUUUUCUCUAGCUCUGCUCAUAUCUACAGCUGCAGCUGUUCAUCACUCUGGACUCAGCUAAGAUAAACUGUCACUUGUUUUGUCUAAGAACAAACUCCAGUCCAAUUCUGGAAUUCUCUUACUGACUCGAGUCGUGUGUUCAGUAUCGACUCACCUUGUGUUUCUCCUCCAGACACCACGUUGACAGCUUGAAGGUGGCCACCUGGCUACCGGAUUGCAUCAUCUGAGUUGGUCACAACCUGGACUGCGGUUCCGUGCUUCCACCGCUGAGCGCGCCCUCUCUCCACCUUGCAAGGCUUCCUCAUCCUCCACACGCAUUCACCCCAUAGUAAAUAAACCAGUGUUCUGUAUCCACCCGUUCUCUUUUGCUCCCAGCAUUUGGGUUCCUCGUUCCACUCCAGCCCGAACCACAACAGUCUGUCAGUCACUGGAUGUUUCUGUUUUUGCUAAUUACGACGUCCACACACUGGAAAAAUGCUUGAGAAAAGUGAGCGGGUGAAUAACUUCCCCCCCCUGCCUAAGUUUGUGAGGAUUAAGCCGUGCUUCUAUCAGAAUAUUGAAGAGGAGAUCCCUGCGCCACACCAGCAGCUGGUUCGCAGGGCCUACAGUCUUUGGAUGAUGUAUUCAGUGACUCUGUGUGCGAAUAUCAUCUCUUGUGUUGGGUGGUGGAUUGGAGGUGGCGAUGGCACUAAUUUUGGCUUCUCCCUGCUCUGGAUCAUCAUCUUCUGCCCUUGCUCCUACACCUGCUGGUUCAGGCCACUCUACAAAGCUUUCAGGGCCGACAGCUCGUUCAACUUCAUGGCCUUUUUCUUCAUCUUCUUCCUUCAGUGUGUCUUGGCCCUCAUCCAGACCAUUGGCAUUAAAGGCUGGGGAACGAGCGGCUGGAUUGCCACCAUGGCGUUUUUCAGCGUGAAUGUGGGCUCGGCUGUGGUGAUGCUCAUCACAGCUGUUCUCUUCACUCUGGUCACACUUUUGAUGGGGCUGCUCCUCAUUAAGGUACACAGACUGUAUCGUGGUGGCGGUGGCAGCUUGGCUCGUGCUCAGGAAGAGUGGAGCUCAGGGGCGUGGAAGAGCGCGGCAGUGAGGGAGGCCGGCUUCAACGCCGUGGCCGAGACAGCUCAAGGCCCAAGUCUGCCCCAGUACCCGGCAACAGUGCCAAACUAUCACGACAACAGCCAGUGGUGAGAAGGAACGCGGCCACUAGAUGGAGCUGCUGCACGAGGAAGCUUUGGCACAUUGUGUCAUUUGACAGUUGACAAAGUGCACAGGUCAAUUUUGUUUUUGAGUAACAGGAUUAAUAAGAAAGUGUUGUUGUCAAAGGAGAGAGUCUAGUGUUGGUGGUGGAGAGUUUUCCUCCCUGUAGAUUAUCUCAUCUUUGUUUACACUUAUUUCAUCAGUUCGGGUUUUUUUCUCUCAGAAAUAAAUAAAAAUUUAGGCUGAAAAAAGUUUGAGAAGAUGCAGCAUGCAGUGUGUGUGUGUGUGUGUGUGUGUGUGUGUGUGUGUGUGUGUGUGUGUGUGUGUGUGUGUGUGUGUGUGUGUGUGUGUGUGUGUGUGUGUGUGUGUAUAAACUCCAGCUCUUUAAUGUGCCGCUUUUUCUCCUGUGGACCAAAUGUUCUGACUGUUUGUAACCUCAGAGAGGAAUGUGGAGUUGAUGUGAGGUUUAUCUGUUUAUGUAUCAGACACUUCAAAUAGUCCCUUCACUUAACAUCCCCAAAUCACACAAAGUUGGGAAACUAUGGACCCCCCCCC